GCCACGCUCGUUCCCUUGGUUUCCAGGCUCCCCACCGACUAAAAACGUCUAUUUCGCCAACAACCCCCCCGUGGGGUACCGGCGGAACGGGUGGAGGCCGAGGUGGUUACAGGGAGGGUGUGGGGGAUGAAUGAAUGGCCGCUGUUGGCUGGGCGGGGCGAGAUUGCUGACCCCGCCCCCUGGGCUCUCUUAUAUUACACACACGAGGCCGGUGCUGUGAAUAUGGCGCUGAGGACGUUGUGAGACAGGCAUCUCCAGGACCAACCCACCCACCGAGAGACGCUACCGAGAGACCCACAGUGAAUGAAGAGUCUGCCUGCUUCUCUGUUUUCUUCAUCAUGGAAUUUUUCUCAACUCUAACCCACCAGAGCCAAAGGAACUCUAGAAAGUCAAUUUCCAUACGCAGUAAAUAGCAAAGACUUUAGUCCGAGACUCUCGGCUCUACUCAGUUUACUGCAUAUUUAAUUUUUAUAAUAAUUUAUUGAAUUUAUUUUCAUACCUCACUUUUUCUGUUUACAUAUUAAGUAUUUUAUUAGAUUUUUUUAUUAUUUGAUCAUUGAGCCAAAAGUAAAUAUGGAAUCAACAACAAUUUUUAGUGUCGUUACCAGUGCCGUUAGCACCCAUGUUGGGGUUGUGAUGUCUGACUACCUUUGGUUGCUUGUGUUGGGCUUUGUCAUAGCCUUUGUGCUGGCUUUCUCGGUUGGUGCCAAUGAUGUAGCAAACUCCUUUGGCACGGCUGUAGGCUCUGGUGUGGUAACCCUUCGGCAAGCUUGUAUCCUGGCAUCCAUCUUUGAAACCGUGGGCUCUGUUUUAUUGGGCGCAAAAGUAAGCGAAACCAUCCGCAAAGGGCUGAUUGACGUCAACAUGUACAAUAACACACAGAACCUGCUAAUGGCUGGAUCCGUCAGUUCUAUGUUUGGUUCUGCUGUGUGGCAGCUUGCUGCUUCUUUCUUAAAGCUACCAAUCUCUGGAACGCACUGCAUUGUAGGAGCCACCAUUGGCUUCUCUCUGGUGGCUAAAGGACAAGAAGGCGUUAAGUGGUCUGAGCUGCUUCGUAUUGUGUUGUCCUGGUUCAUUUCUCCGCUGCUAUCUGGAAUCAUGUCUGCUCUUCUUUUCUUCCUUGUGAGAAUGUUCAUCCUGCGCAAGGCUGACCCUGUACCCAAUGGACUGCGAGCUCUGCCUGUCUUCUAUGCCUGCACAAUUGGAAUAAACCUGUUCUCCAUCAUGUAUUCAGGCGCUCCACUUCUUGGAUUUGACAAAGUUCCUCUGUGGGGCAUCGUUCUCAUCUCUGUGGGAUGUGCUGUAAUUUGUGCUGUGAUAGUCUGGUUCGUCAUUUGUCCCAGGAUGAAGAAGAAAAUAGAACGUGAAAUCAAGUCCAGCCCCUCAGAAUCUCCACUGAUGGAAAAGAACAGAGAUCACAGCCAUAUCUUAAAACCAGAUCAAGAGGUGAAGCUGCCACUUGGCAGCGGUAUCGCAGCACAGACUAAGGUGCCCAUUAUAGACAUGGUGUCUGUGCCUAUACCCUCCCGGGCAGUAGAGGAACGUACUGUGACCUUCAAGAUGGGUGAUGGAGAUGAUGUGUCAGAUAGAGAGAAGAGUCAAAGUAUGGAGACCAACAUUGACCAGCCAAACAGUGGAUCCGUACAGUUGCCAAAUGGAAACCACGUUCAGUUCAACCAAGCUGUUAGUAAUCAAAUGAAUUCUAGUGGUCAGUAUCAGUACCACACGGUGCACAAAGAUUCAGGCCUGUACAAAGAGCUGCUACACAAAUUGCAUUUGGCCAAAGUAGGAGAUUGUAUGGGAGACUCGGGUGAGAAGCCUCUGCGCCGCAACAACAGUUACACCUCAUACACCAUGGCAAUCUGCGGCAUGCCACUGGACUCCUUCCGAAACCGCGAGGUCGAGGCACGCCCUGAAGAAGCUGAGAAGUUGACUUGGCAUGCAGCAGAUGGGAAGAAGAGGGCUCGCAUGGACAGCUACACCAGUUAUUGCAAUGCUGUGGCAGAUACGCAUCAGGAUGUUGGAGAACAUGAGGAAGGCAAUACCGAGGAAGAAGUGAUAGACAGGAAGAGUAGCAACUCUUCGUUAGAAGAAUGGCAUGACCAGGAUAAGCCUGAGGUGUCCCUUCUCUUCCAGUUCCUGCAGAUCCUCACUGCCUGUUUUGGCUCCUUUGCUCAUGGUGGAAAUGAUGUCAGCAAUGCUAUUGGACCACUGGUUGCCUUGUGGCUGGUUUAUGAAACUGGAGAUGUGACCAGCAAAGCUGCUACCCCUAUUUGGCUGCUCCUGUAUGGAGGCAUCGGUAUCUGCAUUGGCUUGUGGGUUUUGGGACGUAGGGUCAUCCAGACUAUGGGCAAAGAUCUAACUCCUAUUACACCAUCAAGUGGUUUCAGCAUUGAGUUGGCAUCUGCUCUAACUGUUGUGAUUGCAUCUAAUGUUGGUCUGCCGAUCAGUACUACACAUUGCAAGGUUGGUUCUGUGGUGUCGGUGGGAUGGCUGCGUUCUAAGAAAGCUGUGGACUGGCGCCUGUUCAGAAAUAUCUUCUUAGCCUGGUUUGUCACUGUGCCAAUCUCUGGCCUGAUCAGUGCAGGCAUUAUGGCACUCUUCAAAUAUGCCAUCUUCCAGGUUUGAUCAUGCAACGUCAUACCACCUGCUAGCCAGAAUAGUCUCUCAGGACCAAAGAUCCACUGCACGUAGCCCAUCAGUGCAAACUCCAUGAGCUGCUAAGGACACAAGCAAAUCGCCUCCCUCCCAAUCCCUGCAAGACGGGCUGUGAAUAUACAUCUGGAAUAUGCAAUGUGCUCCCUCUGCAAGGGACGGGCAAGAUCUUUAACAAGGAGUAAGAUGUGGAUUUGAAGCAGGAUUAUCUAGCCUUCCCUUAGUGCUGUAAAACUGCUUUAAUGCUUUUUAGUAUACGAGAAGAAAAAAAUCAACCCAAUCUACCUGUAUACGUAUGCUGAUCAUUCCUCAGUAUUAAUGUUUCUGUAUAUAAAACCUGCUUGUAAGUCAGCCUUUUCUUUUCCAAUGUAAAUGUUUGCUCAUCUUGUUUAUAUCACCCAGGAGACUCUAAAAUGUUUAUUUCUCUCUUCUCCAUAUCACUUUUCACCACUGCUCUCUGUAGGCCUGCAGAUCAUUGCAUGGCUUGACAGUGGAAUGGUUGAGUGGAAAUUUACUACUUCAAACCAGGUCCAGAUACUUUAUCAAUGUGAAAUCUUAACCUAGAUUGCUCAUCUCAUCAGUGGGGAAAUCAUGUCCCAUUAUAGUUUCUUUUUUUUUUCUUUUUUUAUAUAUCAUAGCAGAAUCCAAAGUAUGUUUGUUCUGUUGCGGAUGUCCUGUCUUUGGGAUUUGGGGGUAUAGGGAUUCUUCCUUUCCCCUCUGUGAAGGUGCAGUUCUGGUUAUUCAGGAGACUUGUGAUAAUGCAAAUAAGGAUUUUUGUCCUGCAUAGUGUCCAUUUCACUAGUCUGUUUUCAUCUGUUACUGGUGAAGCAAAAAUAAAUCGCACUAAUUCCACCAUAUCGGUGUUCACUCGUCUGUGACCGCUUUCCAACUACCUAACAUUAUAUACAGUUCAGUAAAUGCAAUGGGAUGCAGGGAGAAAAGUCUUGUGUUUUUUAUAGAAAAUAUAUUAAUGCUGCUAAGUGUCAGACCAUGAAGAUACAGGAUUCUGUCUCGCUGUGUUUUUGAUGGGUUACACAAAAAAAAAUCAAAACCUUUUGCAUAAUGCUCUACACACAACUAUAUGCAGCCAAGUGUAUGCUUUUACAUGUGACCUAGCUCCACCAUGUGUGCAAACUAGUAUAAAUGUACUGCACUGGGUUUAGAGGUGAUGCAGAAAGCUAUGGUACCAAAAAAUGUUAAAGGGCAGAAAUUUUUUCUUUGGAACACCUUGCACUUGAUCUGAGGCAGGUAAGCUCCAUAGACCAAAGCAGGAUAGGGUAACUCUAUCCAAACAUAAAACAAUCUCUUGUAAUGUUGUCAUGGUUUUCUUGACGCACACAGUUCUAUAAAAAGACAUUGAGGCUGAUUUAAGAAAGUGGAGAAUCCUUUACCUAAUAAAAUUGGUAAUAAUUCA